GGCUCGCCUGGGAGAGGGAGACAAGGGAAAGAGUGGGCCAAGUAAGGGUGAAAUCCGUCAAUAGACUGAUAGAACACCUUAUUCUUGAGCAAACGGAAAACCAGUGACGCCGACAGUCGCAAUCUCCGCUGGUUAAGACAGGCAUCACCCAGAAGACGACCGACGACGUACUGUCCACAUCGCAAUGGCAACGGAGGGAGCAGCGUUGGCUCCGGGAGGUGGUGAUGGAGAAAUUGUUGGAGGUCCUCGGACACCACAGCAAAUUGCCGCCCAGAAAAGACUCCAGCAGACGCAAGCCCAAGUCGAUGAAGUGGUUGAUAUUAUGAAAACAAAUGUAGAAAAAGUGCUUGAAAGAGAUCAGAAAUUAUCAGAAUUGGACGAUAGAGCAGAUGCAUUACAACAGGGAGCUUCACAAUUUGAACAACAGGCAGGAAAACUUAAAAGAAAAUUUUGGCUUCAAAAUUUAAAGAUGAUGAUCAUAAUGGGUGGAAUUGGCUUGAUCAUUUUGGCAGUCAUUGUGGCAAAAUUCAUGCCUGAAGAGAGGCCACCAAAUCAGAUGAUGCAACCACAGAUGGUAAUGCCACCGAAUAUGCAGCCAGGUGGAAUGGUGCAGCAGAUGCCUGCAGCACUCCCUCAGCCGGCAGCAACAGCUGGAAACAAGCCUAAAUAAGAAUAAAAUGAGCUGAGUCGACAUUUGAGAAUUAACAUGGCUUUCCCAGUUUUAUUAUGACAAAUCCCGGUUAAAAUCCGUCUUUCAUUAAACACCACUCUACUUUUCCUCCACUGACCAUUUGAAGUUUUCUCUUAAGGAAAUUACAAAUGCAGAAUGUAAACUUUUAGUAUCAGAUUUUUUGAUUUUAAACGGGAAAUUUGUUUAGCACCAAAUAAAUCAUACAUCCGAAUUUAGCAAAUCCUAAUUAGUUUCAAUACAAUUAUCUCUUAUAAAUGACAUUGCAAACAUUUUUCUAAAAAGGAAUUUAAAAUUUUAAAAAGUUGUACGUACUACUGUUGUUUUUAAUACUCUACAUUUUAGAGUAUACACAUAAAAAUUAUUUAAUCAUUUUGUAGAAAAAAAAAUUAUAAUUUAAACUAAAUGUAAACAAAAUACCUUCUUAAUAUUUAAUAUUCUAGACUUUAAUUCAUUGUUUUAUUGUAUUAUUUUUGUAUUUUACUUUGAAAUGAGGACUCUGUUAUGAGAAAAUGAUGAUGAAUGGAGAAGGCUCUACAUUUGUAUAUACUUUUGAGCUAGUUUUAGAGUACAAAUGAAUUAUGUCAAGUAAAAAUGUAGUUAAAUGGAAAUAAAUGGUUUAAGUAAAGGAACAUUGUAAACCACUAAAUACAAUAUAGCCAAAAA